AUGAAUAAUAUGAAUGUAAUUUUUUGGAUGUGUGUUAUUUCCGUGAAAGCAGGGCGUAGGUUGUUUGGCUUUGAUUUCAAGAAAGAGAGUCCGACGAGUCAAAAAGAAUGCUUAAAGCUCUGCUUCGUCCACAGAGACUGUCUCUCCAUCAAUUUCAGCAGAACUCGCCUUUUAUGCGAGAUGAAUUCACAACAGGAAUCUGGAAAUCAUUCUGUCACGGAAAACACAAGUGAAACAGAGGAUUUCAUUUACAUCUCGAGGCAAUCUAUUCCUCCAGAUGUAAAAUCCACCACAGGGGCUUGCAAUACUGUUGCAUGUCCACUGGGAAAGAGGUGUGUAGUUCUACACUCGGGGAAAACAGUGUGUAUAAGUUCAAGGUGUUUACACGAACCGCCUCCGGUUUUUUAUGGUUUCAGCGCCCCAUUACCAGGAAACUUACACAGCAGUGGUUCCUUUACAUCAGGAAGUUAUGUGGGUGACAGUAAACGGUACACAUGCGCAUCAGGAACAGUUCCCGUAGGUGGAAAUCAAGUCACGUGUUUAGCGAACGGCUCAUGGGAAAAACCAAAGUUUUCCUGCCAAGUUUGCACUGAAUCGAAUGAUCCCACUGGUGCUAACUACUGGGGAACGAAGAACGUGACGAUCAAUGGUAGAACGUGUCAGCGAUGGGAUUCACAGAGUCCGCAUUCCCAUAACUUACCGAACAACCCGGAAAACUUUUGCCGUAAUCCGGAUGGAGAAUCUCGACCAUGGUGCUAUACAACUACCUCCAGCAUCCGGUGGGAAUUUUGUGAUGUACCCAUGUGCUAG